CCCACCCCCCAACCCCCUCACAGCAUAACCUAACCUAGCCGCCAACCCUCACAUUCACUCUGCGCUCUCUACUUUCGAAACCCACUCCCAGUCUCGCAGCAGCCAGCACCUCCCACUCCCAACAUGCGUGAACCCCUUCCUCCCACCAUCUCCCUGCGCUAAUGAACCCCUUCCUCUCACCACCUCCCAGCGCCACCGAACCCUUCCAGUCUUUCACACAGCGCCGCCGAACCUUUCGUCCCAGCACCUCCUCGCAGACAGCACCAGCCAACACCAUCGUCGCAGAGCCAGCACCACCCGCGUCACCACCCACAGCAUCGUUUCUGGCCUCGCGGAGACAGCACCACCCAGCCACCCACAGCAUCGUUUCUGGCCUCGCGGAGACACGGAUAGCAGCCGCCAUCGAGUCAAGUCAGAUAAGGAGCCUCCAAUUUAGUAGGAGCAGCAGCAGCAUCAACCACGCAACAAUGGCUACCAAUGAUUCAAACCGGGUCGGAUUAGUAAUAUCCACCACCGAAUCAAUUAGGGUUUUCCUCUCUGGAGCCUCUCAAGACCCUAAUCUCUCCCACCACCUCCGACACACAUCCGCUGAUCUUCUCUCCCAAUCUGAGCUUUCAUACGAGCCUCUCCGCUCUGUCUGGAUGGCCUCUGAUCCAUCCACCCGACCCGAAUUGACCCAACUCUUCUCCGGCACGCGAUUCGUCUUCUCUAGCCCGAAGCCCAGGCAGAAGAGUGAAGAAUUGAAGUCAAGGCUGAAAAAGUUGCAAGACUUGGCUGAAAGGAAAGCUUAUCAAGAGCUAGUGAAGGACAUUGCACCAAAGAAGGAAGUUGAGGAACCAUUCUCUUCUUACAAGGACCAGUUAGGAUUUGGAUUACAUGUGGUGGUUACCAUGUUUACUGGCUAUCUAGUUGGUUAUGCUGCAUUUAGAGCAUUGUUUAAUCACAGUCCUGCCAUGAAUGCUGCUGGAGGAAUUCUUGGGUUGGUGGUGGCCAUGCUUGUUGAGACUUUCCUUUUCAUUAUUAGAAGUUCUAAUCUGGAUGCCAGUAAAACAAGGUCCAGUCAAACACCGAAAUCAGCCUUUUCCGCAUCCAGUCUCAAGAAAAACCAGUAGUUUUGAUCAGAACAUGAAAGUGGCUGUUACUCGAUGAAUCGUGGCAUGCCUUCUUGGGUUUUGUCCUGCCAAGGCUUCAAAUAUAGUCUAUGAAAGUGGCAGUUGCCUUGCAUUCGAAGAAGGAUAUUCUGUCCUAUUUGGUGAACACAUUGCUCCAUUAUCAUAUCAUCCAAGCACCUCUUAAGAAAUCAUCUUCACUUUUUAGACCGAUCGAGGAUUUCAUGGGAUGUAGCUACGAAGGAUUAUGCAUAGGAUUUUUUCUUUUCUAGUUUUCCUAUCUAUUGAUACUGGAUUGUAAUUAGAGAGUUACAUGAAAUGCAUCCUUAUUUUGUCA